GGCGGAAGCCGACGUGCAACCAGCCCAGCUUAAAAAAAACUGCCCGAGCAAAGAAGGCGGAUGCCGACAGACGAGUCGUCCGUCCCAGGCUCCCAGCCCCGGCGCCCCGUCUCAAAUCAAAAAAAUUCGUCUCAAAUCUCAAACCCAUAAAAAAUACUGUAUUUUCCAACCAAGCCACUCGCCCGACCUUCAUCCGCAUUCCACGCGCACUCCGCUGCCUCACUCCGAGACUCCGCCGCUGCUUCCAACUUCCGUUGCGCACGAGCGAAACAUCCGGAGCUAGCAAGGGAGGAGGAGGAGGAGGCGAUGGCGGGGGGCGGGGAUAAGGUGGACUACGUCUUCAAGGUGGUGCUCAUCGGCGACUCCGCUGUCGGCAAGUCGCAGAUCCUUGCGCGCUUCGCCCGCAACGAGUUUAGCCUCGACUCGAAGGCCACCAUUGGGGUCGAGUUCCAGACUCGGACGCUCGUCAUCGAACACAAGUCCGUCAAGGCGCAGAUCUGGGACACCGCCGGGCAGGAGAGGUAUAGAGCUGUCACAAGUGCCUACUACAGAGGUGCUUUGGGAGCUCUGCUAGUCUAUGAUAUCACAAAACGCCAGAGCUUCGACCACAUACCUCGCUGGCUGGAAGAGCUUCGGGGCCAUGCUGACAAAAACAUUGUGAUCAUGCUGGUUGGCAACAAGAGCGACCUCGAAGACGAGCGUGCCGUAAGCACCGAGGACGCCAAGGAGUUUGCCGAGAAGGAGAACCUCUUCUUCCUUGAGACCUCCGCGCUGCAGGCGACCAAUGUAGAAAAUGCCUUCCAGACCGUCUUGACAGAGAUCUUUAAGAUCCACAGCAAGAAGAACAUGGCAGCGGACCCAAGGGCCAAUGGGGCCGCACCAUCGCUGGCAGGGAAGAAGGUCAUCGUCCCAGGCCCAGCUCAGGAGAUCCCUAAGAGCAAGUGCUGCAGUUCCAUGUGACAUGUUGCCUGAAUUUUAUUUGGGUUUGUUCGUGUCCGAGGGACCGAUAUCGUAGUUUAGAUUUGUCACCCGUCUUCAAGAUGACGAGGAUAGGGAGCGAGAAGAAAACAUAUGUUUGCAUAGACUUUGUUGGAUUUUACAAAAAUAGCAGUGUAAGCACAUUAUUUUUUCCCCGAUGCCUUGAAACCCUUGUGUACAGUAGAGAUGGAUCCUAAACAUCUUAAUUACAGGAUAAAUUUAAUAUUUGAAAUAGAUAUGUAUAAAAUAUGAUGUUAAUAUUUA